CAUGGAUUACGUCACGACUUCUUCUCAAGUCAAUGACGGAGCUGAGUUGAAAAGUAAUGAAUGAUUAUAACCACAAACGGUAUUCAUGAUACAUCCGUUCGAUUACGUCGUUGCUGUUAUUAGCUAGUAAUAGUCAUCAUCCAUUGAUCCCAAGCUUAUUAUUGCUUGGUCAUCAAUAAUCAGCCGCCCCGCCGAACUACCAGCACGAAUAUGCCCAAAGCAAACAAAUCCUCGGCUUCAGCGGGGACUCGUAAGAAGCAUGCCGCCAAGAAGACUCACAGAGAGCACGAUGACGAUUCUGAUCAUCAACCAGAGUCGGGAACACCUCAACCUUCGAGAAAACAGCGAGGGGAGAAAAAGCUCUCCAAGGCGCAAAAGAGAGCGAUGCCGAAAGUGAAGCAAUACAUCCCUCCACCAAAACCCCCUGCACCUCCCAUUCUGGAUCCUCUCGACGGACAGGGCCUUGCGAGAACUUUGCCGGCGGAUUUGGUCGUCGUACUGAGACGAUUAGGAAAGAAGGACGCUGUUACAAGGCGCAAAGGUCUUGAGGAAUUUAGGGAUGGCUGGGUGAAAUACAUUCUGAAGGAGAAACCAACUGAAGAGGAAGAAACUGAACGAGAAGUGAAGGAGAUUGCACUUCUAGCAGCUAUACCUGUCUGGCUACAUAACCUCUCAGGUCUUUUACAGUCCCCUUUCCACAGAGCUAUUGCUCUCCUUAUUCAUACAGAUCUUCUUUCUGUGCCUGCCCUUCGGGCUUCAAUUUUGGAAAGCCUAAAUUUGGGCCUGUUACCUGGUACCCAAAACCGUGAUGUUCUUGGGUCUUGGAUGAUAGCUGCUUUAGAAGAAGGUCGAAGGGCAGGUGGACUAGGGCUCAGGGGAUGGGAAUCGUCUAUCCUCUGGAAGGCGAGCGGUGAAGAGGUUGGCGGUGAUACAGACAUUCGCAUUGAUCUCAAAGAACACCUUUCCACUUUAAUCGAGUACCUUACUCUAUCUACCCUGAACCCUUCGAUCCUACACGAGGACAUCCAUCCAAUACCUGUAGCAGCUACCCCGGUGUCUUCUAUUCCUUUGGGCAAAAAAGGUACUAACAAGCAAGGGAAAUCAAAAACAUCUUCUGCCCCACCGUCUCGACAGACUGAAACACCUGUACCACCUCCGGAGGAUCAUGAAAUUCUUGAAGAAAGGAUGACAAGGUAUCGAGUGGGCGGACUUAUAGGUCUUUCAUGGCUCCUGCAACAACUACCUCAAGUGGGAUUGACAUCCUUGCCUGAAGAUUUGGUCACUUUGCUACGUCAUCCUGCAUUAUGGCUUUCCUUGUCUUCAGAACAGGUUGAUACAGUAAAUUCACCUGGGUCCUUGGGCACUGCUCAGCCUCCUGUUAGAAAGGCAGGUUAUGGGCUCCUCGAUGUGCUUGUAAACUCUUACGAAAGUAUUGUGGCUGAGCCCGAGAUGCUCAAAAUGGUGUCAAACGCUGUCUUGAGUAGCUGUUGGAGAGAAAAAGAGGCAGUGGUAUGGGAAUCUGCAGGGUCCGCUAUUGCCAAGUUUAUCCGCAAAUGGCCAGAAUGCUGGACACUUACCACAGAGUCUGCUGCAGACCAUCGUGAUGGGCGCAAUGAUGGGCGCAAUGAUGGGGAAGAGGAGGUCGACAGUGAAGACGAGAAUGUUCAAAACGCCGAUGACGAAGAUGGCGCGAAUCCGGCCACUCUCCUUCAGCUUUCUUCACCAUACUACUCUGAUUUCUUGGACUUCACAUCCACUAUUUGCCCUUAUAUUCCUCAUAUCACUUACCCCAUAAUUCUUGUUGUUCUCUCCACCCUUCCGCCCUCCUUAUUGCUGCUUGUUGGGCCAUCCCUUCAGCUCCAGACGUUAUUCUCUCAUCUUUGGGCCCCCCUGGAUUCUCGCUUACUUUCCACGCAUUGUCUGCCAGGUCAAAAGUCUGCAUUCCAAGUGUUUUUCCAGGCUAUAUUGGAGUGUACCAUAUUCCUCAUUGGCAAGUCAUGGAAAGAGAAGGACGGAAAAGAGGCUGCAAUGUGGUUGGUGAAGGAGCAGCUAGGCAACAGAGCAUGGAAAGAGGGCGUUCUGCUUAUGGGCGGAAGGGCUGGUGGAAGGCAUGUCCCUCGAGGAUGUACCGAAGAGAGUGAAGCUUCUGCAUUUGGCAGCACUCUUGGCCGUCUGGCAUCUAUUGAUCAACUACUCUUAGACCAAAUCCGGGUCGUGCUUACCCAGACGCUAUCUGAUGCUUGUUUCCCGCAAGAGAACCCGGAGAGCGGUCCUAUGGAGGUAAGUAUUUUACCGAGAAGCUUGAGUAUACUCUCUGCUAUAAGAGACGCGAUUGCUGCUAGUCAAGUGAUCGGCCUAGUGGAUCAAUUAAUGGAGGAUUUGAUCGAAAAAUUAUCUGAAGUGUUUGUGGGCUCUUCAAAGAGCGACAAUCCCUCCCAUGCAAUCAUGGCGGAGACAUUAGUAGAUGCUCUGAAGAACCAUCACCAUUUGGUGCACAGCGACACAAUAGAGAAACUUUUGGGCCAAGUCAAAGAUUCGUCCCACGAGCUACUCAUAAUCCUGCACCCACCUUUGUUCAUUGCUUAUCUAGACAGCCUCUGCUCCAAGUUGCCGUCUGCCGAGCGACAUGUUUGCCAACAAGCUCUUUCUACCGUGCUGCAGUCUUCCGAAAUAGACUCUUCGCAGCGCUUCACAGUUGCCAAUGCUGUGUUGAUUCUUGACCAUACCCAACUUCUACAAUCGGGCUCACUGGAUCAAAUUGUUAAAGAAGCCACGCAUGACGCUCUAGCAGGCGGAUCACCUAUUGCCAUCCCCGUGGUCACCGCAUCUCUCAAAUCCCUUUGCUACCUAUCAAAAUCUACCCUGGAUGAGGUGUUAUCUGUUACCUGCAGCGUCAUUCGUGAAUCAACCAAAAAGCUUCUGACCACCGAUUUCGUUGAGCUUGGUGUUCCGCAGGCGGCCUUCGAGAUCUUUGCUGCCUAUGCCACAAACCAUCUUCAGGAAGUCAUCGAAUCGGAGCAUUUGAUUUCGGGUCUGGUCGGCGUUCAUCAUGUCCUAUUCGUUUUACCUAGAUUACCUGGUCACAUUGCCUCAGCCGAGUCAAAGGCUAGCGGCCUGCUCAGUUUAUGGUCCAAGCUGGGUGAACUGGUUGUGGAAUACCAGGAGAAGGUCCUCCAAAGAGUGUACAGUGCCUUAAAAGGAGAAAUGGGUGAUGUAGAAGUCAGGGUGGACCCUGAGGUGCUCAUCGACGUGGCUCUUGCAACAACCCUCGGGUCCCACUCUGCUCCUUCCCUCCAAGCGCUUGUCCUGGCGUUGCUUCCCGAAGUGAUCAGUAUCAUUCAGGAUCUCGCUCCUCAUACAUCCCAACCUCCCCAUCCGUCUCUGCCUAUCGUGGACCCACUUAUACCGUUUGUCCCCCAUGGUGACGAUGACCUUGACUCUAUUCAACCAGAGUUUGAUAGCCUUGGUCGAGCUCAGACAGCCAGAUACGCCGAGGCGGCGGUAGCUCUACUCCGAGCAGACAGAAGCCUUGUUAAGGAUGAACCUGCUUUAUUGCAAAUGAUUUUAGCUGUCAGUCGACUAGCACAGGAUGCUCUGACUGUUCCCGGAGCAUCCAGAGGGCUGUUUUCGAAAGAGACACCUUCCACCCGCCUAGCUGAUCUGGUUCGAGAAGUAGAAGGGGCCGUUUCUUUCGCUCUUGGAUAUGUGGACGAGGUUGAGCCCUCUUGGCACCAUGCCACCAUUCAUGCUCUCAAAUCUGGAUCUGUGCCACAUGAUUCCGACUUGUUACAAAGCUUAAUGGUUGCGCUGCAGAAAGAAGUGACUGCAAAUGGUAACGACGUGGAUGCCAGGUCAUUUAGGGAUGUGCUUUACAAGCACAUGAGACAAAUAGGAGCGGGUGUCCAAGAAGGGGAGGCAUGGCUAAACUAUGCCAUGAGUCUGGUUGACAGAUCACCACAGCUCAGUCUCGCCAUAAUAACUGCCAUCAAACCUCUCAUGCUUGACACACAGGCUUUUGCCACUGCCCAAACCCGUCUCGCAUCGGCUCUUACAACCAUUCCCCCGUCCAAGUGUCAUACUGCACUGAAUCUGUUGAGGAUCUUCAACGCCUCAGCUCCAGAGGUCGAUUCUACUUCUGUAUUUCUCCCUCAGCAGCGAGCCCUCUUUGUACUUCGCCACGUCGCUGGAUGGCUCACAAGUGAUGAUGUCGACGAGGACAAGUUGCCUGAGGAUAUGGAGUUUAGAGUCUUGGAGCUCGAAGGGUCAGUGGCGCCAAUCGUGCAAGACGUGGGUGGCGCACACUGGGAUGGGAUCUUUGACUUGGUUGAAAACGGCUUAGAGAAUUCGGGAAUGGACGACUCCUCUUCGCUCUGUUUGCUUUACCAUAGCUUGUCCGUCCUUCAGCAGAUCAGGGAUCUCUGUCAGACCAACAAGUCUUUGAGAGCUUCUUGGACAAGUAAAACGAAUCAUAUGAAACUUGUCUUGGAUCUAUUCUUGCAAUGUCGCUCAGCGAACUCUGUCCCUCUACAAUUAAUUCAAAAUCUUAUUCUUGACCUCCUGCCUGACGUCCCCGAGCAGGUCAUGAAAGAGGCCAGCUUGACAUCACUUUGUAAUCUGAUAUCCCUUUCGACAUCUUCGGCUAUCCAAACUGCUGCUUAUCGAAUCAUUUCUCAAGUUAUCAGACAUCAAACGGUUGGACUGGUCUUGGAAGUAGAAGCAUCUGUAGCGCAAGCCCAAGAAGGCCAUGCCGAAAGAACCAUUGAGAUGGCAAAGGAGUUGGUGGAUGUUGUUAAAAUUGGAAGUGAAGUAAAUUGGCAUGGCGAGCUUGGUGUAUCCCUAGUCUUGGGACAACUAUUAGCUUGGAUGUCUAUAUUGGAUUAUUUCGAGGAUGCUUCUCGGACUUUACGCUGGGCGUACCUGGAUCAACUAAAUACAUCCAAGCUGAUCACGGACGGCCUCGUUCCAAUGCUCUUCUCCAUCCUUGGAGUAUCUGAAAUGGGGGCCUGGAACUUCCCCGCCAGCCAAUACGCUGUAGAUGAGUUCUUCACGGAGUUCCUUGACCCGGAGUCCUUGCCGGAUCUUUCCCCACUUGCCUCUCAUCUAUUCUACCGAGCACUGGUCACUAUUCCAUCUUCUGUCCGAGCAUAUUACGAAUCUCUUAAGGAUCGCCAGCUAUCUAUGUCCAUGCUCUCAUUCACUGCUCGGCACUACUCUCCGGUAAUCAUUGCGCACGAGUUCUCUGCUUUAAGGGAACCGUCGGCGAUGGCUCAGCUAACUGAAGAAGGCUUGAAUGUGCGGAUAGCGCAAGGUGGUGGUGCAACUAUCGCAGCAGGAGCUGGGUCCGCUGAGGCAAUUGCCAGCUACGUGGUCGAUGAACAGCCAAUGGAAAUUGGCAUCAGAUUACCGGCAGAGUUCCCGCUGAAAGGAGUCGAUGUCAGAGAUCUGCGAAGGGUGGGGGUGCCAGAGAACAAGUGGCGAGGGUGGUUGAUGGGUUUACAGCAAACUAUCACAUCAAGGAAUGGGUUGAUUCUCGAGGCACUUACAAUGUUUAAGAAAAAUGUUUCGCUGCAUUUUGAGGGUGUCGUGGAAUGUGCUAUCUGCUAUUCUAUCAUAUCCCUUACGGACAGGACGCUUCCCACCAAGCCAUGCCGAACGUGCAAGAAUCGAUUCCAUGCGAGCUGUCUCUUCAAAUGGUUCAAUUCGUCUCAUUCGAGCAGCUGUCCUCUUUGUCGAGCUCUGUUCUAAAAGUCAGCUUGGCUUAUAGCAGUGUGUUUCUAUUAAGAUUACAGUGCAUGCAUUCAUAGCAUACGAGGUUUAUGUUUGGCAAUGCGCUGAUGAUGGGCUCUUCUAUAUCACUUUUCAGUCUAGUUUAUUUUUUACUGGUGAAGCACUUCCGUGCAAUUCAUAGCUAUAAUAUGCAGGCCUAUC